UACUGUCAAUGUUAGGUGUGGCAAAAUUAAAAAUUAGUAUUAAGAUUUAAAUAAAUACACAAAUAUAGUUAAAAUAAAAUGUCUGCAACUUUACGACCUUAUUUAACUGCCGUAAGGCAUACAUUAACUGCCGCAAUGUGUUUGGAUAAUUUUUCAUCGCAAGUAGUAGAACGGCACAAUAAACCAGAAGUGGAGGUUAGAACCAGUAAAGAAUUGCUACUCACACCGGUUGUAAUCUCACGGAACGAGAAGGAAAAAGUUUUAAUAGAAAGUUCUGUGAACUCAAUUCGUAUAAGUAUUGCAAUUAAAAAAGCGGAUGAAAUAGAAAAAAUUUUAUGUCACAAAUUUAUGAGAUUUAUGAUGAUGCGAGCUGAAAAUUUUAUUGUGUUGAGAAGAAAACCAAUCGCUGAUUAUGAUAUUAGUUUUCUGAUUACAAAUUUCCAUACCGAACAGAUGUAUAAACAUAAACUUGUCGAUUUUGUGAUACAUUUUAUGGAGGAAAUUGAUAAAGAAAUUAGUGAAAUGAAAUUAGCUGUAAAUGCUCGUGCACGAAUUUGUUCUGAGGAGUUUUUAAAACGAUUUUAAGUAACAAACAUAUUUUAUUUUUAUUUUCCAUUUUUCUUUUAUAAGGCUAUAAUAAUAUUUAAUAUUUACAAUUAGUCAGUUUGUUAAACUAAUUAAACAUGAUUUUGUAAGUAAUUAUUAAGU